AUGCUGUCGCGUGUGGCUCGCCAAAAAAAUGCAUUCCUUCUCCCGCGGAGAGCUCAGGCUCUUCGGGCAUCGGUCUCUUUACCAAUGACCUCCCUUCACUCAUACUCCAGUAAUCGCAGCCCUCUGGUGAACUCAUCGAGCCAGUCUCUGCUCGACCGUGCCCGCAAGCCAACCUUGCAGUCAGAACGCCAUCUCGCAACCGCCGCGGACCCAUUAUCCAUCGACGCCCAGCCCGUGGACUCUUACGACCAAUUCAUGCAAUCGCCCUUCCAGGGUCGCGACAUUUCGUCUCUGGUCAUCAUUGACUCAACACCACAAUCACACUCCAAGGUCUUCCGCCGCAGACACGGUCUCGGCGGCGACGAGACAGAGAUGAUGGCAAAUUUGGAUGUGUCAUUGAAAAUCGGGCAAUACGAUAGAGCGUCUGCACUGAUUGCACGUCUUGGUCAUUAUCACCCACCUGGCUCACCGGAGUAUCUGGCUUUGAACAACCGUUUCUUGAACACAAUGGUGAGGCACAUGAUCCUUACACGCGACCAAUCAAUGGUACUUCCCGUGCAGAAAUGGUUCGAGGUUGACAUGCGUUUUUGCGAUCUCACACCUGAUGCCACAACAUUUGCUUGCAUGCUUUCUAUGGCGCUGCGAAUGCUCCAUGGGCCUAAGCGAGAACGAACUGUGCGCCGUUAUUGGGAGCUUGCUCAAAAUGCUGGCCUGGAGGAAGAGGUGGUUGGUCUGGAGGUUCUUGAUGACUCGGAUGUUGGUGAACUGUCUAAGAUCUGCUCUUCUGACAUGUUAGAUCUCAUUUCUAAUUACCUGGAAAUCACGGAAGGCGACAUAGAUAUCACCACCAGCGACAUUAUCGAUGAUGAUGUUCCUCAGGUUCAGGCCGCCGAUCUGAAGGGACUGGGACUGUCAACUCUCAGGCAGUCUUUGUCUUCUUUCGGCAAGAAAGUCACAUUGCCUGCCGAUUUCAACGGCACUGAGGCGGAAGGCAAGGCGCUCCUCGCGGAAACGAGGCAGCGUCAGCUUGAAGCCGACAGUCUCAAGUCCGCCAUCGAGAGGUGGCGUAAAGAUCAAGAAAAUCGAGCAUCGCUAGGGCUCGAGGCCAGCGGCCAGGGGAAGAAGCUCGAUAAUUUGAUCAGUCAAUGGCACACAGCCCUCGUGCCAAGGAUUAAGGAAGAGAUCAAGUUGUACGAAGAGGGCUUGAAAGUCCCAAUUACAAGUGUUGAACAAAGGGACCGUUGCGAAUACGGUACCUAUUUGAAAGGACUUGAUUCGGAUCGACUUGCUGCACUCGCCAUCAUGAGCGUGUUGGGCUUUUUCAGUCGCCAAGGAUUCGCCAAAGGGCUCAAAGUUUCUAGCAUUGCUGCUUGGGUUGGUAGAGAGCUGCAAGAAGAACUGAUCGCCACUCACUGCCUUGCCAAAAACAAAGGCGCCAGCCCAAGACGCCUCAAGGCUGUGAAAAACAUUCUCGCAAACCGCAAAGACAAGGAUGGUCGCGCUCGAUGGACCGCCCUCGUUGAGAAGAUGGCCGCAGCAGACGAAUCCAUCUUGUGGGGCUCCCGUGUUACUAUCAGGGUCGGCAGCGUUCUAAUGGGGUUGUUAUUGGAGGAAGCCAAGGUCUCUAUUCCUACGGUAGACCCAACCACUCAGCAGAGGAAGUUGGUCACGCAACCGGCCUUUACUCACGCCUACACGAUGCACUAUGGAAAGCGUACUGGGCUUAUCCAUAUGAACACCACAGUGGUUGAAAUGGUUGCCAAGGAGCCGCUUCCCGAGUUGGUGGCCCGACACUUGCCCAUGGUGUCCAAACCCAGACCGUGGAUAGGAAACAGGACUGGAGGCUACCUUGUCUACGAAAACAAUCUCGUUCGCUCGACUCCUGGCGAACUUCUUCAGCCAACCUAUCUCAAAGCCGCUCUCAAAAAUGACGGAAUGGCAGAGAUUCGUUCCGGGCUUGACGUUCUGAGCUCUACCGGCUGGAAGAUCAACCGAUCCGUCUUCGACGUAAUGUUAGAGGCCUGGAAUAGCGGAGAACCUAUUGGAAAGCUUGCACCCAUGGAGCCAGUUCUGAACAUUCCUGAAGCACCUGCUAAAUAUUCCCGAUAUGCCGAGCAGGUGCAAUAUUCCCGGAAGAUGCGAGAAAUUGAGAACAUUCGCGCCGGGUAUCACUCCGUGAGAUGUUUCCAAAACUUCCAGAUGGAAGUCGCAAGGGCCUUCCGGAACGAGACAUUUUACUUGCCUCACAACAUGGAUUUCCGUGGACGCGCUUACCCACUUCCUCCCUAUCUCAACCAGAUGGGCGCUGAUAACGCCAGAGGUCUCCUUCUGUUCAAUGAUGGAAAACCUCUUGGCACAGCGGGUUUGCGUUGGUUGAAGAUCCACCUUGCCAACUUGUACGGUUUCGACAAGGCAAGCAUGAAUGAACGUGAACAAUUCACUAUGGAUCACCUUGAGGCUAUUCUGGAUUCUGCAAACAACGGUUUACAGGGGCAGCGAUGGUUCCUUCAAGCCGAAGACCCAUGGCAGCUUCUAGCAGCAUGUCUCGAACUUCGCAAUGCCCUGCUUUUGCCUGACCCCACUCAAUACGUUUCCCACCUUCCAAUCCACCAGGACGGCUCGUGUAACGGUCUUCAGCACUACGCAGCCCUCGGUGGUGACAAGACUGGUGCCCAGCAGGUCAAUCUCGAGCCUUCUGAUCGUCCCUCGGACGUUUAUACCGGUGUUUCUGACUUCGUCAGGGAGUCCAUUGCGACAGAUGCAGCCGAUGGCCUUCAGCUGGCCAAAAUGUUGGACGGCAGAGUCACCAGAAAGAUUGUCAAGCAGACAGUCAUGACCAACGUUUACGGCGUGACUUUCUUGGGAGCGACCCGCCAAGUCAAACGUCAGCUCAUGGACUAUCUUCCUGAGUUGAAUGCGACACAAAGAACACAAGCUGGUGUUUACAUCGCCCGAAAGAUCUUUGGUGCUCUCGGAUCUAUGUUCAACGGAGCUCACGAGAUUCAAUAUUGGCUUGGUGAUUGCGCUUACCGCAUCACGACAUCCCUCACGCCACAGCAGAUUGACGAGCUCACCCAGAAGGCAAUGUCACCGAAAGACAAGUCGGACGCUCCCGAGACCCUCAAGUCCUCCGACCCAGAGAAGUCCUUUAGGUCAACUGUGAUCUGGACUACUCCACUGGGUCUCCCGGUGGUCCAACCAUAUCGUACUCGCAAAUCACGCCGUGUUGAAACUAGCAUACAGGACAUCAGUAUCCUCGACGCCGGUGCUGAUGAUGUGGUUCAAAAGCGCAAGCAACUUCAAGCUUUCCCACCCAACUUUAUCCACUCUCUCGAUGCCACACACAUGAUCUUGUCUGCCAACGCGUGUCACCAAGCGGGUCUGACCUUCUCUGCCGUCCACGAUUCUUUCUGGACUCACGCUGCCGACGUUGAUAAGAUGAACUCUAUUCUUCGAGAUGCAUUCGUCCGUAUGCACACUGAUAACGUUAUUGGGCGCCUGGCCGCCGAAUUCAAGGUGCGAUAUGGCAACAACAUCUUCCUUGGCCGUGUUCCCCGCAUGUCCAAGCUUGGUAAAGCAAUCACUGCAUACCGUGCCAGUCACAAACAAUCCAAGCUUCAGGAAUUGAUCCAAGAGAAACAACGUCAAACCCUCCUCCAAUCUGAGGACCCGGAGGAUCGGGAGCAAGGCCGAUCCAUGGUCACUGCCGCCAGCAUUUUCGAAGAACUGGAUGGCAGAGACGAUGAUCUGACCAUCCAAAAGACCUUGGGCCAGAACAACAUCGGACACAUCCCUGAGGAUGUCACCGAUAAUAAUAACACGGUUCGACCCUCUGACCUGGACUUAAGCGACCCGGCAAUUCAUUCCCUUGUCGGUGACAUCGACGUCUUUGAAGGAGUCGCCACUGAUAGAGACGAAGCUCACCUCGAAUCCGGCGAGGUGCCUGACGCCGACGGAAACAUGGAAGCCGGCGAAACCCCAAAGCCCAAACGCAGACCCCGCGAAGUAUCCACCUGGCUUUGGCUACCUCUUACCUUCCGCGAUGUCCCCAAGAAGGGAGAUUGGGAUGUGUCCCGUAUUCGCGAGAGUGAAUAUUUCUUCUCUUGA